UAUAUAAGUUACAAAAUAUCCCCAGUUUUCGAAUAGACCCUUCGACCUCCGCCGCCGCAGAAAUUGCUUGUCUUCACUUUAAGUGAUCUCACCGCUACAAAACUCUCUCUCCCGUUUUUAACGUUAUUAUUUUCUAGGGUGUUUUUUUUCCCCUUCUUUCUGAUUCUCAUUCUGAUUCUGAUAAUAAUAAUGGCUGAUCAAGAGGACGGAGAGCUCUAUUUGAGCGACGAAACCGACGACGAUCUUGAAAAAGAUCGAAGGAGCAGCGACGACGGCGACGACGACGACGAUCGUGAGGCGGCGGAGGAUGACGAGAACCUUCGGCCAUUUCGAUCUCGUCAAUGGCCUCAGAGCUUCAAGGAAACUAUUGAUUCCUACACUAUUGCUGCAUCGCCAAGCUUUGGGUUCCUUCGGCGUAAAUCAAGUCUCACGCCGAGUAUUGGCUCCUGCAUGCAAAAUGAGCAAGAUCUAAAUCUGAAAUCACCUCUUCUUUCUGAUGGUAUAUAUGAAAAUCAAGAACUAGGUGAAAACUUGCAGAAGCCUCUGACUUCAUUGUCAAGCGGAUCAAUCAAAUAUAAGGGAGGACAUAUUUCUCAUGGAUGUAGCAUCACUCAGACUGUUUUUAACGGAGUCAAUGUACUUGCAGGGGUUGGUAUACUAUCAACACCUUUCACAGUUAAAGAGGCUGGUUGGUUGAGUUUGGCACUCCUGGUUCUUUUUGCAAUUAUUUGUUGUUAUACAGGCGUUCUAAUGAGGUACUGCUUUGAGAGCAGAGAAGGCAUUUCAAGCUAUCCUGAUAUUGGAGAAGCUGCAUAUGGGAGAUUUGGCCGCCUUUUCGUAUCAGUAGUAUUGUACACAGAGUUAUAUGCAUAUUGCGUCGAGUUUAUUAUAUUGGAAGGUGAUAACCUUAAAAAGUUAUUUCCUGGAGCUGCUAUUGAUUUGGCUGGGAUUCAUAUUGAUUCUUUGCACCUCUUUGGAAUAUUAACUGCUUUGAUCGUAUUGCCAACCGUUUGGCUGCGUGAUUUGCGAGUAAUCUCGUUCCUUUCAGCUGGUGGUGUAUUUUCUUUGUUUUUGGUUUUCCUUAAUGUGUCUCUUGUUGGUACAACAAGAGGAAUAGGGUUCCAUCAGACUGGGAAAGUAGUGAAUUGGAAUGGUCUUCCCUUUGCAAUUGGGAUAUGGGGUUUUUGCUUCUCCGGGCAUUCAGUGUUCCCUAAUAUUUACAAAUCAAUGGCUGACAAAACAAAAUUUAACAAGGCAUUGGUAAUAUGUUUCGCUUUAUGCACUGCAAUAUAUGGAAGUUUUGCAAUUAUUGGAUAUCGCAUGUUUGGAGAAGGUACAUUGUCUCAAAUAACUUUGAAUUUGCCAAAGGAUCCUCUUCCCUCAAAACUUGCUUUGUGGACCACUGUAAUCAAUCCUUUCACCAAAUAUCCAUUAUUGUUAAAUCCCUUGGCCAGGAGUUUAGAAGAACUGCUUCCUGUUGAGACGUCAAGUACUCUCUGGUGCUCCAUCAUAUUAAGAACUUCCUUAGUCAUUUCAACUGUGUGCGCCGCUUUUCUUCUACCAUUUUUUGGUAUUGUAAUGUCUUUGAUCGGUUCUCUCCUCAGUAUUCUUUUGGCAGUCAUUAUUCCAGCCGUCUGCUUCCUAAAGAUAGUGGGGAGGAAAGCUACCACUUCGCAGGUCGUUUUGUGCAUUAUCAUUAUUUCAUUGGGCAUCACUAGUGCAGUGCUGGGAACUUACUCUGGGAUUGCGAAGAUUGCAAGCAGCUAGUGCAAGCUAAGCCAUAGAAUUUAAGUAAUAGAAAACAGGGUAGCCCGAUGCACGAAGCUCCUGCUAUGCACGGGGUCCAGGAUACAUUCUUUCCUUACAUCUUUACAAGAGGUUGUUUCCACAACUCGAGUCCGUGAUCUUCAGGUCACAUGGAGACUACUCUUACGUUGCAUUUAUUUACUCUAUUAAGUUAUUCCAUUUUCCCAUAUAAAUAAGAGGGGCCUUUUGGGGGAAGUGGAAAAUUUUUCCUUUUUAUUUAAGGGCUGAGGAAGCCCCGUAAGGCAUUCGGCCAGACCAGAGGAAAUGCCCCAGAUACAUUGGCCCUUUAUACACAUGAGCCUUGGAAUAUCUUUAUCAUGCGCUAUUUUAUGAGGCAAAUACUUUAAAGAUCAGAUUAAUUUUAUUUGUUUGAGAUAUA